CCAUUCACAAACACAUCUAACCCAGUUCCUCACCUUCCAAGAUGUCUGAACCUCGUGAAACCAUCAUCAUAGUCGGAGCAGGCAUCGUUGGCUCAGCCCUAGCCCAUUUCCUCUCAUCCUGCCCAACCCCGCGAUCAAUCACCCUCAUCGAUCGCUCCUUCGGGCCCUUCCUCGGCUCAACAGGGCACGCACCCGGCUUCGUCGGCCAAUUCAACGACUCCAAAGUCCUCACCAAGCUAGCCAUCGACUCGGUCUCAGAAUACACCAAAAUCCCCGGCGGGUUCGAUACCGUCGGCGGCCUGGAAAUUGCAUUCCAGCCCGCGGGAUGCGAGCGUCUCAAGGCGCGAUGCGCAGCUGCCGCGCAGCUCGGCCUACCUGCUCAGAUGCUGAGCCUGAAUGAGGCACAUACACUUGCGCCGGAGCUCGUCAGAGACAACUCUUCGGACUCGGCCCCGGGGACGGCGGUGUUCUUCCCCACCGACGGGACCGCCGACGCAUGCAAAAUCACCUCCUUCUACCAAGCCACAGCAAAGAAAGCAGGCGUCGAUUUCCUACAAAGCUCCGUCGAGAAGCUGCUCUUCACACCAGACGGCCGAAUCAAGGGCGUCCAGGUAGUUGACAGCAGCUCCAGAACGCACCUCGACGCCGACAAGGUCAUCCUCACAACAGGUAUCUGGGCCCUCGACCUCUGCCGCGACCUCCCCUUCCCCGUCCCCGUCAUCCCCGUCGGACACCCCUACAUGCACGCCCGCACCCGAGACCCCUUGUCCCCACGAGAAUCCCCCCUGCCCUUUGUGCGCUGGCCGGAACACCACGUCUACGCCAGAGACCACGGCGCCCGCUACGGUAUCGGAAGCUACGACCACCCGCCCGUGGGCUGCGCGCCGAACCAGGAAGACGGGACAGCUAUUGGGGUGUGGAUCCCCGACUUUCGGCAGACGCUGGAAUCCGCGAGGGGGAUGUUGCCCCCCGCGACGGCGGCGGAGUUUGAGGAGGAUGGGAGCGAGAAGAAGAGCAGGAGCUUUAAUGGAAUAUUCUCCAUGACGCCUGAUAAUAUGCCGCUUGCUGGCGCAGUGACGUCGGUGCCUGGGUUGCAUAUGGCUGUUGCUGUGUGGGUUACGCACGCGGCUGGGACGGCCAAGUUUUUGACGGGAGUUCUUGAGGGGGAGGAAGUAGAUCGGGAGACGUUGGAGGCUUUGGAGCCGGAGAGGUUUGCUGGAAGGGAUUUUGCGACACUGGAGGAGGAGUCGCUUUGCGGGUAUAAUUCCAUUUACAAGACUGUGGCCAAGUAGGCGUGGCAAUAAUACCC